ACCGCGUCUGGAAGAUUUCAAAGAUAAUCAUAAACAUCUGUUUUCUUCUUUCUUUUUAUUCAGUUUCUCCAUUAUAAAUCUGCAUCGGGGGGCCAGACCCUCUAAACAAUAUCAUCAGUUUAUACAAGAAGAAGAAGAAAAUAUUUUGUUUUGUUUUCGUCUGAGAGAUUAAUUUCUUGAUCGAAAAUGGCAUCAAACGACGCUGGAAGGCCGUUGCCAAAAUUUGGGGAUUGGGAUGUGAAUGAUCCGGCAACCGCGGAUGGAUACACGGUGAUAUUCAGCAAAGCCGGUGAAGAUAAGAAGACAGGAAGGAGUUCGACGAAAACGAAUUCUCAGAGGAAACAAGACGGUGAUAAACCAGCGGUUAAGAAAUGGCUCUGUUUCACCUUUUCUUGAUUUCUUUUUUCUUGCGUCUAUUGUCAUCCUAAGAAAGAAACUAGCUUUGAGCAUUUGACAACUUUUUGUCAGAGAAGUUUUCUUAUGAUGAAUCAGUUCUGCAUUGUGUAUAUUACAUAAUCAACAAAACUUGUAGCUCCAAAUUUCUAAUUGAAGAAUGGAAACACUUGGCG